AUGCAGGACGAUUACGCCUUGCCGGAAUUGAGCCCUGAUGAAAAACGCAUGUAUGGCAGUUUCUGGAAGCGGUUCAGAUCGAAUUCGUCGCUGGGGUCGAGUGUGGACGAAGAGUCGGUUCAGUCGCCUACGACAGCUGAGAUCGUGGAACCCAGCCCUGCUUUUACCCAGUCGGCCGCUCCGGCACUUACGACUGCUGCUGUGAAGGCCCCAACAGUGGUGGCCAAGGUUGCUGCUCCGACACCUACGACUGCUUCUGUCGUGGCCCCAACAGAGGUGGCCAACUUUGUUGCUCCGACACCUACGACUGCUGCUGUCGUGACCCCAAUGGUGGCCAACGUUGUUGCUCCGACACCUACUACGACUGCUGCUGUCGUGACCGCGGCGGUGGCCAACGUUGUUGCUCCGACACCUACGACUGCUGCUGUUGUGGCCCCAGCAGAGGUGGCCAACGUUGUUGCUCCAACACCUACGACUGCUGUCGUGACCCCGGAGGUGGCCAACGUUGUUGCUCCGACACCUACGACUGCUGCUGUUGUGGCCCCAGCAGAGGUGGCCAACGUUGUUGCUCCAACACCUGCGACUGCUGCUGUCGUGACCCCGGAGGUGGCCAACGUUGGUGCUGCUGUGGCGAAGGGGCCACCAAGUGUACCGCCGAAAAUGGAACUCCCGGCUGUUCCGACCAGGGCGGCAACAGAGCAUCCGGGACAGCCCUCAACGACUACAGCAGGUGCUGCUCCCAUGACGAAUGAAGCCUUGACAAUGCUGGCUGCAUUGCUCAGCCAAUCGAUGGGCCAGCUGUCUGUUGCUGAUGGUGCUGACUCAUCAAACCUUGGAAGCAUCCAAGAAUCCUUGAAGGCGCUUGUUGCGAAAGCAACCGGAGGAGCGGCUGCGCAGCCGCUCCAACAGCAGCAGCAGCAGCAGCUGGCUGUUGCCCCUGUUCCUGAUGUUUCUGUGCCGCCGAAGCAGCCUGCUGUUGUGGAUAAAACAAAGAUUAUCGACAGUGCGAGUGGCCUUGACUUGCAGCCGUCGCCAGCGAGUCCGAGCCCCGCAACUGCACCUGCAACGCCGAGCCCGUCGAUUAAUCCGCCUGGAACCCCGAGCACUCCGCCUCCUUGCACCACUCUCGCUCUCGCGAGGCCAGGGCCCACCGCUAUCCGCUCUAUCAUCAAUUCGGGAACCCACAAGACCGAGUACAAGACGUUCCAGCGGUUUUGUGAAAACUCGCCGGGAGCAGAGGAGUUGAAGAAGGUUUGGGUGCAGGGUGGACCGCAGCGUUUGGCGAUGUUCCAGAAGUUUGUGUUGACAGGUGACCCAAAGGCCUUGGAGUGCGCUCUCAGAUUCCGGCGGCAAAGGGAGGAGGAGGACAAGGACGAAGGUGAAUAUUAUCCAUGGAAGGAUAUUUUGGCCUUUCAUGAUGGCAACGAGACCAAGGCCCUUCAGUUCGUGCAACGACGGCGCACAGAGCCGACGUCGUGUGACCGCAACGACGCUACCGUCGAAACUUUCCUGUACUACGGGAGGCAGAAGAAGAGCUUCACGAACCGAACGAUCGUGGACGACAUUGCAAUGACCAUGGGCUGCUCACCUAGCUUUGCGGCUUCCGUCGCCGCGCAGCUCGACACGAUGAACGGUGCUGUGCCCAUCCAGGGCUCGAGUGGUGGUCGGCCCAGCGUUGAAGUCUCGGAGAACCCGCCGAAUCCGAAGCCGCCCCCGAAGAACGGCAAGACUCUGAAACAGAAUGCUGGCGUUCCGGAGACCACCACGACAGAAGAUCCUCCGCCCAAAAAGGCGAGACCUGCUCGUCCAGAGGGUUCUGAUUUGGACCAUGAUUUGGAGCUGGCUAUCAGCACGGAAGGUGUUACGCUUUUCGUGAAGUCCUGGGUGGCGGCAGCUAACACGGCUCAGGGGCAAGCCGUGAAAACCUGUGCGGAGCUGGAGGUGCUGGACAGCCAGGAGGCUUUGAUGAGCAAAGUUCGGGAUUGUGCCGAUGGCAUUGGUGCCUGCCGCAAGAAGCUGCAGCUCCUGGGGCCCGCGCCCGUGGCAUCGGAUGUGCAGUCGGCCCUUUUGGAAGCGACUCGGACCUACGACCUGCUUUCAUAUGCGGCCGCCGUCUUCGUGGAGGGCUUCAAGAAGCACAUGCGAGUCGCGAAUGGAUUGAUCGCUGCGGAGAAACGCCCCGCAAAAACUGCGAAGAAAGCCAAAGCAGCCUCCAAAGCGGAGAGCUAG